UUCCUUGACUAAUUUACAGGCUUUGGUAGUAGCAAGAUCCAACAAUGUCCAAUUACAUGAUCUAAGUUUCAAAGACAAUCCCCACAUGCAUGUAGUCUUUCAUCACUGCGACGGGGUGAAGAUUUCACAUAUAUCAAUAGAUGCACCUGAGGACAGUCCUAAUACUGAUGGUAUUCACCUCAAAGAGACUGCCAGUGUCAUCAUAGAACAUUGUACCAUUGGCACUGGCGAUGAUUGCAUUUCGCUGGUAGAUGGAUCAACUCAUAUUGACAUGAGACACAUUAAAUGCGGUCCUGGGCAUGGCAUAAGCAUUGGAAGCCUGGGAAAAUUCGGACUGAGCGAGACAGUAGAAUAUAUUCAUGUUAAGGAUGCUCAAUUUACAGGGACAACAAAUGGCGUUAGAAUAAAGACAUGGCAGGGAGGCCGAGGUCAUGCAAGGAACAUGAUUUUUGAGAAAAUCAGAUCUUCCGAUUCUGAAUAUCCUAUCAUCAUUGAUCAAUUUUACUGUGAUCAUACAGAAUGCCACGACAAACCUAAUGCAGUGGAAAUUCGCAAUAUCUCAUACAUUGAUGUAAAGGGCACGUCAAAGAAGGAGACUGCAGUGAAGAUUGCAUGCAGUGACACAGUUCCAUGCAGAGAUAUAUUCAUACAGAACAUAAACUUGAUCUAUGAUCAGUCAGGAAAGCAAGCCUCAGCUUACUGCAAAAAUGUUAUUAAUGGAUACUACCACGGAGUAGUCAGACCCAAUAUAUCUUGCUUGCAGAACGACAAACUCCCGUAAUUGUAUAUAUAGGAUAUAGAAUUCUAGGACACUUGAUUUUUAUUUUAGGUACAACCUGUUUGCGCAGUUCUAGUUCGUCCUCCAUCACAGUUCUGCUUAUGAAUAAUGGAUUGUUUCGUAUCGAAUUGGUGGCAUGACUCAAUAGACAAGAAGACAUACCUGAACUUGGAGUUGUGCGGUACCAUGAUGGUUGAAAGGCAGCCUGAAAGAGUGGGAAGGACAUGAACUUUCUAUUCGUUUCAUCGUAUUUGUGGGAAUUAUUGGUCUUAUACUCAGGGAACAAAUUAUAUAUAUGAGUGGUACUUGGGCCUUGCUUACUUGCAAUGAACUUUACAUAUAUUAGAACUGAGAUUAUAAAUAUCAUUGUCUUUAGAGAUGGAAUUCAAGUGUAGGGUAUGUCCUAAGCAAGAAUAGCUGUCUCUGAGUUUACUUUUAAAAACUAGAACAAAAAAAUCAAAUCAUUAGAAUAAGGAAUAUAUAUUAACGUCUCACGCACAUUUGAAAAACAUCAUUCUACGCUAUGAAAAACUGAAUGACCAUUCUUCAAUGUUGAAUGGAGAAGCACAUACCUAUCCAAUCAAAUGAUUACUGACAAAGCAAAUGUCCCAUUGGUAUAUAUACAUAUAUAAGUGUCCUUGAUUCUCAUUUCCUCUGGCAUUGAGAUCAAAUGGCGUCCCGUCUGGAAAUUCUCUUCCUUGUAUCUCUCUUUUCGGUUCUGCUAACCCCAUUGCAUUGUAGUGUUUUUGACGUAACC